GCCGAUGAUUGGCGGGGACGAAGGUGACGCCGGAGAACGUGCCUCAGGAAAGAGGACGCCAGGGAUGCCUGGCGGACAAGAACAAGGAGUCAGAAAGAGGCAGUCGAAGCAAGUGGGUGCGACAACAAGUAAGAAAGCAAAGAGGCCCGGCGGUUUGACCAUCCGCGAAGGACAAGAUAUGAGUGAAGGAGAUUCCGCUCGUCUAGGCAUUGCGGCCACGAGAGAACCUUCAGAGAAAUCUAAAAGGAAACUGGCAGCUGAAGAAGACGAUGGCGAGAAGAAACCUCGGAGGAGGAAGAUUGCUGAGGGGACGAGAUGUGGCGAAAGGGCGGUCGGUAGGCAGUACGACGAAGCGGCAACGUUUUGGCUCGAAUACGAGCGGAACGAUGACGGUGAGAUCGUGGAGAAGGAGCUCCCCAUUCAACUCCUCAUCGACCCCAGGAGGGUCUGCGACAUCCCGCCUUGGGAAAGAUAUUACAAUCACCGCAGUUUUACUCGGUAUGGUGUGGAUGACAUGAAGGGUGCGAUGCUAAGGCAGUUCCACGAGGAAAAGAGAAAGAUCUCGACGAAAAACCCUUUAGUUUUGACACCCAUCUACAAGCCGGUGACGCAUAAGCCGGAGAGAGCUGAGAGGGUUUACAAGGAUGUCUUCAAGCCAGAGGACAAGGACAAGUACUUCUAUUACCCUGUCAAUGGACAACACACCGUGGCUGCUGUGGAGUUGGCCGGUGAGGCGAUAUUCGAAUUGUGGAAGAUGCACUCGUGGCCAGCGAGAGUCGUGUGGUUCUCCGACGAAGACUUUAGGGGGUAUUUGCAGUCUCUCGAUGACAUGACCGAUGCCAAAAAAUCGUCGAUCCUCGAAGACAUUCUCGCGCUGAGGGGACUGUUCGUGCAAUCGGCAAGCGGGCACUUGAAACGUCAACAUAAGCCUGGAAUUAAAGAUAUGGUCGCGACGAGGAAAGUGGACCGCAUGAUGCUCCGCAUGUUUCACUACAUCUUGUUCCUUGAAUCUGAGGAGGACGCAAAGGUUUCGCGGUAUGGGAGCCAGUUGUUUCGGACCGAGGAGCAGCUUCUGGCGGAGUUCGCGUCACGGGGCCUCACGAAACAGGUGUGGGUCGAACUGCGGAAGCAUUUCCACGGCGCGGUGGAGUACGUGAACACUUGCAAACGUUGUCUUUCGUACGAGAAGAAGUCCCUCGAUGAAACGAAGAAAAUGUACGAUGAUGAGAGGUUCCCUAAAUCUUUCGAGAAAUCCGUCCGCUCCAUCUUGCGACGAACGGAGGAAGAAGUGCAAGACACGAUCAGGGUCAGCGGGGCUGUGAGACACAUCAUAUGACACAAGAUCAACCGGGUGACCAGCCUUAUUCCUUUCAGUUGUCCAGCUUCCCAAUCUCACACUCGUCUCAUUGAAAUC